AUAACGCAACAGCUGACAGCAGGCCAUGCAGUUCCACUGAUUUACAGCUGUUAAAAUUACAUAAAAAUGGUACUGCGUUAAAUCAUAUCACGUUAAAUCACAAAAAACAAACGUAAAACAUUUCGAAUCUCUUCUGUUUCAUAAUAUCAAAUUGUCCGUGCGAUGUCCACCAAUACGAAUAAUUCCAUUCCAAAGUCGAGCUCCUUAAUUGCGGUGGCACUUGGAGUGGCCGCCGUGGGAUAUGCCGGGAAGCACCUGAUGCGCCGCAUGCCCCAGAUGACCACCAAAUUCAGCGAGGCCCUCAAUAACCUGCCCAAAUUCGAUGCGGAGAGCAUGGCCGCCUCCAAGUACUACAAGGGCGGCUUCGAUGCCAAGAUGAACAAGCGGGAGGCGUCCCUAAUCUUGGGCGUCAGUCCCAGUGCGUCCAAGUUGAAGAUUAAGGACGCGCAUAAGAAGAUCAUGCUGUUGAACCAUCCGGAUCGAGGGGGAUCUCCCUAUUUGGCGGCCAAGAUCAAUGAGGCCAAAGAUUUUCUGGACAAAGCGAAGUAGUCAUCCUUUCCUAUCGUUUGAGUGCAAAUAAAGUAGUAGUUUGUGAUUAGCAUGUAAGUUGAAGUCUUAUGCGUUUUAUUACGAUGGUUGUAAAUUACAUAUUUAAGAAUUUCCUUCUCCCAAGGAGUUGUUACUUGAAAAAUCAGGAUACAUUUUUACAAUUUGUACAUGUUUAUUAACACUUGAGGAUGUUAUUUGAGUUGUUCAAAGCCCAUAUUCUAUGGAAGGUUUACAAAUUUUGACAAUAAAAUAGAAAAGGCAUAUCAACAUGCUCAUAGAUGAAUGA